UAAAUCAUUAAAAUAAUUAUGGUAUUGAACUACUUUAUUUCUCGUUCUGGAAGAAAAAUUAUGACGAUUCUUGCAGGAACAACGACUGCAGGACUUUUUUUAGUAAACUAUGUUCCACAUACAUUUGGCCUAGAUCGCUAUAAAAAAAUUAUUCAGUGUUACCGAAAUGGUCAACCUCUUUCGUUGUCUCCAAAACAAAUUGAGCUACUAAAUGAUGCUGCUAAAAUCAUAGAUAUUGAUAUAUCUGAAAGAUAUAUGCUAAAUCCGUUUUCCGUUUUUGGCUUCGAUUUGUUUUCAGCUGGAUCAACAAAUUCGAAGUUUGGUGCAAUAAUAGGAAUACCAUUUAAUUAUGAUAUCGAUAAUGUUGCAGAUAUUCAAAAUUGUGGCGUUUGUUACCGUGGUGAGAAAGUUAAUUGGAAUACUGAAAGCGGCAAACUAUUAGAGGAUGCUCUGGUAUUAACAAAUGAUGAAAAAUUAUUUGGGCUUUGUCAAAUUUUACUUCAACUUCAAACACAUCACGUUUUAAUGAAUUCGUUGUUUCCAUCAGUUUCGUUUUUAACUGUGUAUUCUAUUGGUCACUACUUGAAUCAGAGUUUGGAUCUUUUGCGGAGACCACUAAUCUUGAGAAUGUGUCUGUACUUUAUUCUUGGUCUUUUUGGACUUGGAUCAUGGAGCUUUAUGAAAGAUUAUAACCAAGUGACCUGCGAUGCUGAAAUAGAUAAAAAGCUGUCAUCAAUUUCUCCGAAAUUAACGGAAGCUGGUAUUGCUUUCUAUGAAAAACAAUUGAAAAAAAAUAUAGCUUUAAAAGAAAUUGGUAAGGACAAUUCAUUUACAGCAAAAGGAAACAUUAACUACUUUUUGCGGCAGAAAUCUUUACCUUUAACUGUACGGAAAUCUUUUUUUGAAAAUAAGUAUAAAGAAUAUUUGGAUACUUUAAAUUAAAAAAAUAAAAUAUUAAUAAUGUGCGAAAAUUUA